AACUCUGACUCUCGUGUCCAUCAGUUACUAGGUUUUGCAAGUCAGUAAGCUCAGUAGAACACCAGGCAAGCCAAGAUGGUAUGGGAUGGAGGAAUCGAGCCAAAUGGCACAGAGGGCAAGAACUUCUACAUCCCCAUGUCCAACAGGAGUGGGAUUGUUAGAAGUCCUUAUGAAUAUCCUCAGUAUUACAUGGUAGACCCUAUGAUGUACAAAUUACUAGCGUGCUACAUGUUUUUCCUGAUCUGCACUGGAACCCCCAUCAACGGACUGACCUUGCUCGUCACGGCCCAGAACAAGAAACUCCGCCAACCUCUCAACUACAUCCUGGUCAACCUGGCUGUGGCUGGACUCAUCAUGUGCUGCUUUGGAUUCACCAUCACAAUCACUUCUGCUUUCAAUGGCUACUUUAUUCUUGGAGCUAAUGCCUGCCAAAUUGAAGGGUUCAUGGCCACACUUGGAGGUGAAGUUGCUCUCUGGUCUCUGGUCGUCCUGGCUGUGGAGAGAUACAUUGUCGUCUGCAAACCCAUGGGAAGCUUCAAGUUCUCUGGUGCUCACGCAGGAGCUGGAGUCGCUUUCACCUGGAUCAUGGCUUUCUCAUGCGCCGGACCCCCACUGUUUGGCUGGUCCAGAUACCUCCCUGAGGGCAUGCAGUGCUCCUGCGGACCUGACUACUACACUCUGGCUCCAGGCUUCAACAACGAGUCAUAUGUCAUCUACAUGUUUGUUGUCCACUUCUUCAUUCCCGUCUUCCUCAUUUUCUUCACCUAUGGAAGCCUUGUGUUGACAGUUAAAGCUGCAGCAGCUCAGCAGCAGGAGUCAGAGUCCACUCAGAAGGCUGAGAGGGAAGUGACACGCAUGUGCGUCCUGAUGGUCAUUGGCUUCCUGGUAGCUUGGACACCAUAUGCCACUUUCACCGGCUGGAUCUUCUUGAAUAAGGGAGCAUCCUUCACUGCCCUGACUGCUUCCAUCCCUGCCUUCUUUGCAAAGAGCUCAGCUCUGUACAACCCAGUCAUCUAUGUGCUGUUCAACAAACAGUUCCGUAACUGCAUGCUGGGCGCUAUUGGAAUGGGUGGCAUGGUGCAAGAUGAGACCUCAGUUUCUGCCAGCAAAACAGAAGUGUCUUCUGUCUCUACAGCAUCAUGACACUUUUUCAUUGCCCUGGAUGUUUUACUUUCUACUCCCUCUUCAGUCUGGAAUAUGAAUAAGUUCAGGUGCCUGAACUACACUGUGAACGGCUCCAGGAACAAACAAAUGAACUCCAUUUUUUUUUCAUCUUUCUUUUUUAAGGAUGUUGAAAAUCAAUAUGAAUUCAAAAUCAAUGCAAAAAUUCUGUCAACACCUGUAUAUGGAUGCUCACCUCUGCAAUCUUUAAGCUUUCUGGCACCAUAAAAUGCAAACAUAUGUCCCAAAUGCCACUUUUUUGCUUUUUUCAUACAUCAAUGGGAGCAUAUUUUGUACUGAAUUUUGAAAAAAGAGCAACUAUAUACAAGGUGAAUUCUAUUUUUGUCACCUGUUGAGUUGGUCAUCAUGAAUUGUAAACACUGUAUAUAUAUAAAAGUAACAUAGAUAAAUAAAUGCAUGCAUGAAAACGA